AUGGUAACCACGGUGCCCUUGAUCAUCAAUGGCAAGGAGGAGGUCACCUCCUCCACCUUCGACGUGGUUAGCCCCUAUACAAACCAGGCCUGCUGGUCUGCUGCCUCGGCCACCCCACAGGAUGCCAUUCGCGCCGUUGAGGCCGCGGACGCCGCCUUUCCCGCGUGGUCGCAGACUAAGCCUACCGUGAGACGAGAUCUCCUGCUCAAGGCCGCGGAAUUGUUGGAGCAGCGCCUCGAGCAAAAUGCUGAGUAUAUGCGUACCGAGAUGGGCGCCGAUGUAGGCACUUCGCAGGGUUUCGUUGUGCCGCUGGCUAUUCGCAUGCUGCGCGACGUUGCUGGCCGCAUUACCUCGAUCUGUGGAAGUGUGCCUGUGGUGGAGGCUGAGGGCCAGAGUGCUAUUGUCUUUAAGGAGCCGAUGGGUGUUAUUCUUGGUAUUGUGCCGUGGAACGCGCCCUACGUCUUUGGUAUCCGCUCUGCCGCUUGCGCCCUCGCUGCUGGCAACACCACCAUCCUGAAAUCCUCCGAGCUGACCCCGCGCUGCUACUGGGCCAUUGGCCGUGCCUUCGAGGACGCAGGUCUGCCCGCUGGCUGCCUCAAUGUGCUGCACUGUCGCCCGCAGGACGCCGCCGAGGUAGUCAACACCAUGAUCGAGCACCCCGCCGUGCGCAAGAUCAACUUCACCGGCAGCACAGCUGUAGGCCGCAAGAUUGCGCGGUCGUGCGGCCAGAACCUGAAGCCGUGUUUGAUGGAACUGGGCGGGAAGAACAGCUCCAUUGUCUGUGCCGAUGCCGACUUGACAACCGCCGUGCAAGGCGUGCUCGCCGGCGCCUUCUUGAAUUCCGGUCAAAUUUGCAUGGCCACAGACCGCAUCCUUGUCCACUCGUCCAUCGCACCAGCCUUCACCGAAGCCCUGAGAACCGCUCUAGCCACCGGCGCAGACGCCUCCGCUCUGCCCCCCACCCUGGUCAACACCGCCUCCAAAAUCCGCGUCGAAACACUGAUCUUCAGCGCUGUAGCGUCAGGUGCGCACUUUAUUUCCUGCCCCGCCGAGACCAAGGUUCCUAGGGAUGCAGGCGUGCGCCUAGCCCCGGUCAUUCUGGGCGGCGUGAAAGAAGACAUGGCCGUGUGGCAGGAAGAGGCAUUUGCCUCAGUAGCUGCGUGCAUGGUCUUCGAGACCGAAGACGAAGCGAUUCGUCUAGCGAAUAGCAGUGGGUACGGACUCUCGGCAUCUGUGUUUACGGAGGAUCUGCGCAGGGGCUUGGCGAUGGCCAAGAAGAUCCAAUCUGGGGCUGUUCAUGUUAAUAGCAUGACGAUCCAUGAUGAGCCUGUUCUUCCGCAUGGUGGUGUGAAGAAUAGUGGUUGGGGACGAUUUAAUGCGGCGGAGGGAUUGAAUGAAUUCUUGUCGACUAAGAGUGUGACUUGGAUGGAUUAA